AUGCGGCCGGUGUCCCCGGAGGAGAAGCCCAACCCACUGCAGGACGCGAAUGUCUGCUCGCGGCUGUUCUCCUGGUGGCUAAACCCCUUGUUUAAAAUUGGUUAUGAACGGAAAUUAAAACAAGAUGACUUGUACUCAGUGCUUCCGGAAGAUCGCUCCCAGCACCUUGGAGAAGAGCUGCAAGGGUACUGGGAUCGAGAAGUUUUGAGAGCCAAGAAAGGUGCACGGGAGCCUUCUUUAACGAAAGCAAUUGUCAAGUGUUACUGGAAAUUCUAUUUCUCUUUGGGACUACUUAUGUUUCUUGAGGUAAAAGCUGGGGAGUGGCUGCUGGUGGCAGAGAUACUGUGGGCUGAGAGCAACCACUGA